GAAAUAAACGUUUCCUUUUAUUACGUACUACGUUUAGAAUAGCACGUUUAUAUUAAUAAUAGUACACGUAUGACGCGUUUAAGCGUCAGCAUUUGUAUUUCGAAAGAAGCUUUACCGAAACGUCAGACAUUAUCAAAUCUAAGAUUUUCUUUUUUGGAUUAUCAUGCACGACGCAUCACCAUGGUAACAGAAAAUGAAAAACUCGUUGCUUGCGCAACGGUGAAGAUAGAACCAAACUCAACCAAGACCGUGGUUAAGGACCACCACUGAGUAAUCAAGGACAGACAAGAAUGGAUCGACUAAUUUCGUCACCGGCGGGAGUUUUGCGCGUGUCGCGCAUAAGUCUUGUCUGUGUCAUUGGGAAUAUGCGCGAGUUUUCCGUAGUAGCGAAUCGUUUCCCAAUGCAGCGAUAUUGUCAAAUAGCUAUUUCUUCGAAAUCUUCACAAAGGAAUAUCGUAAAUUGGUCUCGCAAUAAUUUUUUCGAUUAGAUACGAACGCCUAUUUUACUUAUAUAUUACUCUAACUGUUAUCAGUACGUGAAUAUAAAAACAUGUGAAAGAGAGAACAGUAGAUUUGCAUUCUUCGUCAUCUGAAAACUGAUUUUAUAUUUAAAAAAAAAUGCGAAUCAUUUUAGUAAAAUUUCGUGAAGUAUCUCAAAAAUAUCCUAUUGUACGAGGUAUGGCAUCUUAUGCUAUUAUUUGGCCAACCGCAAGCUUAUUUCAGCAAAAAAUAACAGGUAGACCAGAAUUGAAUUAUACAGAAGCAUUAAGAUUUAGUUUGUAUGGUGGCUUUUUUGUAGCACCAACUUUAUAUUGUUGGUUAAGAUGCGCUUCACAUUUUUGGCCAAAAUCUGAUUUUAAAUCUGCAAUCACAAAAGCAUUGGUAGAACAAGUUACGUAUAGUCCGACUGCUAUGUGUUGCUUUUUCUUUGGAAUGAAUUUACUAGAACAAAAGUCUAUUUCAGAAUGUGCUGAAGAAGUAAAACAGAAAUUCUGGCCAACUUACAAGGUCGGAGUAUGCGUAUGGCCUAUUUUACAAACUAUUAACUUUGUGUUAAUUCCAGAACAUAAUCGUGUAGUUUAUGUAAGUGUUUGCAGUUUCAUCUGGACGUCUUUUCUUGCAUAUAUGAAAGCGCUUCAAGCCAAGCGAGAACAACAAAAAAUGGCAAAUGAUAGUACGAAUAAAAAGGAAUUUUUAGAAAGCCCGCAUAAUGCAAAAUCUAUGAUUCAAUCAGUUGAAAAAAGUAAAUCAAGUUCUUUAUGAUGUAAAUUUUGUAGUAAAUUUUACGAUAUUAGCUCAAUUUAUUUGUAUAAAUUUUAAUUUUUCAUAUGCUUACAUAAAAAAUUUCUGUUUAUAUUUUAUCAAUGUGAACACGUGAUAAUUAUGUAAAAGCAAAUGGAAAAAUUAUUAUCAAAGUAGAGUUU